ACAUAAGGAAACUGUGGUUUGGCAUUGGCAUGCUCUCUCAUUGAUUUCAACGCACGUUCAUUUCUCUCUUUUCGCCUUAAACAAAGGACAACAAAAAACCGUAUCAAUGGGUGGUUGUGCGACUAAACCGAAGGUUGCAAAAGACGGCGAACAGCCUGAACCGAAACCUGAACAUCAACAGGUCAAGGAAGACAUUAUUGGAACCAGACAGGAACAGGAAGAGGAACAUCAUGGUAUCAAUCUUAAAAAUGUUGACCAAGUUAUUGAUGACGAUCAAGGAAACACGCGACGUUCUCUUAGCUUGUUGUUCAACAAAGAGAAUGAAGACGAUAAGGUUUCCACUGAAAAUGAAAAAACCAAAGCUGAGGAAACGGUGAAACAUGAAACAUUAGAGGACAAGAAACCUUUGGAGGAUGCUAAAAGCAACGAGCCAACAGUGAAACACGAAUCUCCAAAGAAAGAGGAGAAGAAACCUUUGGAGGAUACUAAAAGCAACGAGCCAACGGUGAAACAUGAAUCUCCAAAGAAAGAGGAAAAACUAUAUCAGGAGAGCAAGAUCAAUGAGCCAGCUGAAAAACAAGAACCUGCAGUGGUUGUUGACGAUGUUGAGGAAGUAUUUUCACUACAGAAUCAAAGCAGUCAUCCAGCUAAAGAGAUUGUGAAGACAGAAAUACCAGAAGCAGCUAAGCAAACUUCAGAAGAAACUAUAAUCAUUGCAGCUGAGAAUGAAGAUGCAAAGGUUUCCACAGAAAAUGAAAAAACCAAAACUGAGGAAACUGUGAAAAAAGAAACAUUGGCAGACAAGAAACCAUUGGAGCAUGCUAAAAUCAGCGAGCGAACAGUGAAACUAGAAUCUCCAAAAACAGUGGAAAAACUAUCACAGGAAACCAAAAGCAAUGAGGCAGCUACAAAACAAGAACUUCUGGUGGAUGCUAAAAUCAUCGAGCCAACAGUGAAACAAGAAUCUCCAAAGAAAGAGGAGAAACUAUCACAGGAAACCAAAAGCUAUGUGGUAGCUACAAAACAAGAACCUCUGGUGGAUGCUAAAAUCAGCGAACCAAUUGUGAAACAUGAAUCUCCAAAGACUGAGGAGAAACUAUCUCAGGAAACCAAAAUCAAUGAGCCAGUUACAAAACAAGCAUCUGCGGUUGUUGCUAUUGAGGAAAAGCCUACAUUGCAAAACCAAAUCACUGACUCAGCAGCUGAUGUGAUUGUGAAGAGAGAAAUACCAGAAGAAGCUAAGAAAACUUCACAAGAAACUAAAAUCAAUGAACCAGUGGUGGAAGUAACAGCGGUGAAACAAAAUCAAAAUGCUAUUCCAGCUGAGGUAACUGUGAUAAAGACAGAAACACCAGAAGUUGAGAAGGUUUCAGAGAAAACACAAAGCAAUGAGUUGAAUGAACCAAUCAAAGAUGUGGUAGUUUCUCCGCCUAAGAAGAAACUAAUUGAAGAGGUUUUACCAAAUGCAGAAUCCGUGGAGAACAAAGAAGUGGAAACGACAUCUGGCAUAGGAGAGAAAAUCUAUGUUGAUGCUGUGGGGGAGCAUAAGCCAAAGGCUUCUGAUGUUGGCAGUGAUAAAGUUUCUCCCUCUUAAUUCAACGGUCUAUUGUCGGACUCAACAUGAAGUCGGCCUUGCCAUGUUGUGACAUUUCUCAACUAUAUUUGUGUUAUUCUUAUUUUUCUU